CAUCUUUGAAAGGAAUGUUUAGCAAAGCUACUUUGAGUUGGCAGGAAGGGUCAGAGGAUGUGAUGAGUCACAUCCAGGGUGAUGUCGUCAGGGGCAUGUGAGCAGUGGUUACAGCUGAGGUUAGGAAGCAGCUAUGAUAGAUGUGAAAGUGGCUGGGAUCUCACUGCCUUCUUCAUAACUUGACAAUGCUCUUGAGUUGGUGUCUUCCUGGAGUCACACUGUAUGAGGUUCAUAAUAAAGGUGCUAAGAAAGAGAAUGUAAGAUAGGAAAAUAAAUAUUUUUACUGAGGCUGCGUAAAAGAGGUAUCUCCUACUUCUUGUUGCCAGUGGCUGGAACACAAUGGAUCACACAGGAGCCAUAGACACAGAGGAAGAGCUUGGACCUCUAGGCCACCUUGCACCAAGUCCUCAAAGCGAGGCUGUGGCUCAUGAAUUCCAGGAACUGUCUCUGCAAUCCAGCCAGCACUUACCCACUCUGAAUGAACGGAAAAAUGUGCUCCAGCUGAGGCUGCAACAAAGGAGGACAAGAGAGCAACUAGUGGACCAGGGCAUCAUGCCACCUUUGAAGAGUCCAGCAGCAUUCCAUGAGCAAAUAAAAAGCCUGGAGCGAGCCAGAACUGAAAACUUUCUGAAGCACAAGAUCCGGAGCCGCCCAGACCGGUCUGAGCUGGUCAGGAUGCAUAUUUUAGAAGAAACAUUUGCAGAGCCAUCUCUUCAGGCCACACAGAUGAAACUGAAGAGAGCUCGGUUGGCAGAUGACCUGAACGAGAAGAUUGCUCAAAGGCCUGGUCCCAUGGAGCUGGUGGAGAAGAACAUCCUUCCUGUGGAUUCGAGUGUCAAGGAAGCGAUUAUAGGCGUGGUGAAGGAGGACUAUCCUCACACUCAUGGCGAGUUCUCAUUUGAUGAAGAUAGCAGUGAUGCUUUGUCUCCAGACCAGCCAGCAAGCCAGGAGUCUCAGGGCUCAGCUGCAUCCCCCAGUGAGCCGAAAGUCAGUGCCUCACCACCUCCUGUGACUGCAAGCACUCCAGCCCAGUUUACCUCAGUGUCCCCAGCAGUUCCUGAAUUCUUGAAAACCCCUCCAACUGCAGACCAGCCUCCCACAAGGUCUACAGCUCCCGUCCUCCCCACAAACACUGUGUCCUCAGCGAAGUCUGGCCCAACACUGGUGAAGCAAAGCCAUCCCAAGAAUCCAAACGACAAACACCGUAGCAAAAAAUGCAAAGAUCCCAAACCCCGAGUGAAGAAACUUAAGUACCACCAGUACAUCCCACCCAACCAGAAGGGGGAGAAGAGCGAGCCGCAGAUGGACUCCAACUACGCCCGCCUGCUGCAGCAGCAGCAGCUCUUCCUACAGCUACAGAUCCUGAGCCAACAGCAGCAGCAGCAGCAGCAGCAGCACUACAACUACCAGACCAUCCUGCCCGCACCCAUCAAAACUGACAAGAACAACUGCAGCAGUACAACCGUGCAGGCGAGGAGGCCAGGACCACUGCCCUCUAGCUUGGACGACUUAAAGGUGUCAGAGCUGAAGACAGAACUUAAACUGAGGGGUCUGCCCGUGUCAGGAACUAAACCAGACCUCAUUGAGCGCCUGAAACCCUACCAGGAAGUGACCAGUAGUAACCUUGCCACUGGCAGUAUUGUGGCAGUGUCAUCAGCAGCUAUUGUCACCAGUAACCCGGAGGUCACAGUGGCACUGCCAGUCACAACACUACAUAAUGCUGUAACUAGCUCUCUGUCCACUUUCAAGGCAGACUUGCCACCUCCUGGAUCCAGCAGUGUGCCCCAUGUUGAAAAUGCCCAUUCCCCUCUGCCCAUAUCGCCACCACCCUCUGAACAGUCCAGUCUCAGUACUGAUGACACAAACAUGACAGACACCUUCACAGAGAUCAUGACUAUGAUGUCACCUUCCCAGUUCUUGUGUUCAUCUCCCCUGAGAGUGGCAAGCCAUGAGGACAGCCUGAGCCCCACCAGUAGCACCCUGUCAACCCUAGAACUGGACGCUGCUGAGAAGGAUCGCAAGCUUCAGGAGAAGGAGAAGCAGAUUGAAGAGCUGAAGAGGAAACUGGAACAAGAACAGAAGCUUGUGGAGGUCCUCAAGAUGCAGCUUGAGGUGGAAAAACGUGGGCAGCAGCGACUGCCAGACCCUCAGCCCAGUGGCCCCCCACAUCCCUUUAAUACAUCAGAUCCGAAACAUGGCAGUGUCGGGUCCUCCAUCAAGGAUGAGGCCUCACUCCCUGACUGUUCCAACCCCCAGCAGCCCAUCACAGUGCCUGGACACUCUGUAGGCCAGCCCAUCUCCACAGGUAGCCAGACCUUUGUUGCCAAAAAGGCUGUGGUCGUCAAGCAAGAGGUCCCCGUGGCCCAAGCAGAGCAGCAGAAUGUUGUCUCUCAGUUCUACCUGAGUUCCCAGGGUCAGCCACCUACCCUUGUUGCUCAGCCUCAGGCCUUACUGGCCACACAGACAACUCAGCUGCUAUUGCCAGUGUCCAUCCAGGGCUCAGAUGUUACUUCAGUGCAACUUCCAGUAGGCAGCCUCCAACUCCAGACUGCAGCACAAGGAGGAGUCCAGGCUCAGCCUCAGAUAGCCGCUGCCACACAAGUCGCAGCUGCAGCCCUGCCCUCGGCCUUGACCUCAGCACUGCCUCAGAAGCAGGAAGCCUUCCCGCAGCAUGUGUUGGGCCAGCCUCAGCCAGUAAGAAAGGUCUUCACCAGUGCGGCACCAGACACAGUUCUGCAGUAUCAGAGGCAGCCUGGCCCAGCCACCCAGCAGCCCUUUGUCAGUAAGACCUCUAACCCUGCUCUUCAGUCUAGAAGUGCUCCACUUGCACCCCUGCAAAAUGGACCUAGCCUAGCCAGCAAGCCUAGCUCACCAACCCCACCCCAGCAGUUUGUUGUCCAGCACUCUUUGUUUGCAACCCCAAUCACAAAGACAAAAGAUCCACCUCGAUAUGAGGAAGCCAUCAAGCAGACGCGCAGCACCCAGCCAGCCCAUCCAGAGGUCUCCAGUGUGCACAGUCAGCAGAUGGACGACCUCUUCGACAUCCUCAUAAAGAGCGGAGAGAUUUCCUUCCCAAUAAAAGAAGAGCCUUCUCCAAUUUCCAAGAUGAAACCAGUGACAGCCAGCAUCACCACAAUGCCAGUCAAUACAGUGGUGUCUCGACCGCCGCCCCAGGUCCAAAUAGCACCACCUGUAUCCUCAGAACCUGUGAACAGUCUAUCUGCCAGCUUAGAGAAUCAGCUAGAAGCCUUCUUGGAUGGAACUUUGCCCUCUGCCAAUGACAUCGCCCAGCUGCAGAGCAGCAGCGAAGAUAGAGAGCCUUUCUCUCUAAUUGAAGAUCUCCAGAAUGACUUGCUGAGUCACUCCAGCAUGCUGUACCAGUCUCACUCUCCCAUGGAGACCUCUGAGGCCCAGUUGGUGUCAGGAACCCCCUGUCUAUCUCUUGACCUGUCAGACUCCAACCUGGACAACAUGGAGUGGCUAGACAUCACCAUGCCCACCACAUCCUCUGGGCUCACACCACUGAGUACCACUGCACCAAGCAUGUUCUCUGCUGAUUUUCUGGACCCACAGGACCUACCACUGCCAUGGGACUAAGGUCACAGGUCUUUUGUUUCAGAGCUCGUGAGAUUUGGAAACAAGAAAACAAUCCUGAGAGGCCAGUGUUUAGAGCUGGAGCCAUAGCUGCACUGUCGAAGUUAAAAUACAUUGUCACAGAAAAAAAGGAAGGCCACAGCCUGGAAGCCAAGUGUGAGAGACUCCACAGAGACAAUCAUAUGCAGAGCCCUUGUGAAAUGCCUUAGAUAAAGCCAAAGGUCAUGUACCAUCCACAAGAAGUGGCACUAGGCUCUAGUCAUCAGCUACCUUUUAUCCUCUGUGGUCACCUCACGGCUCUAAUAAGAGGCAAGCAGCUCCUCUUGAAACACCAAGCCACCACGAGGGAGGGCAGGGAGGAGCCACUGCACAUGUGCUCCUUCCUUAAAGUGGCCUAAGCCUGGUCAAUAGCAACGUCAGAGGCCUCUGAGCAGUCUGGGGAGCCGGCAGCAGCUUCCAGCCAGGGCUCUGAGUCCCACUUUGAAGUCUGUGAGAUUGUGUGAUGUCAUAGGGCAUUUGUGAGUUUGGGAACCAAAAUGAACCACCUUUCACCAUAAACACAUGUCUACAAAGUACUGUCACACAGGAGCGCAGUGUACAGAGUCCAGUUACAUUGUUGUGCUGCGGCUUCCCCAGUGGCCUCGGGUGGCUGAAGUUGGUUCUCCUGUGAUGUUAGAAUUGCAAUGUACUUUGACCUUGUGACCUCUACAAUCUUUGGUAGAGUAAAAAGAUGGCCAUCAACUGGUCCUACUUAUAAUAAGUCAGAUAUCUCUAGAGUACUGAGCCACAGUGUCUCCAUCUUUGAAGACUUGCUGACAGACUCUCUCAGGUGACCAUGCCCAUCUCAAGGAACCAAAAAAGGCUUCAGCAUGAAAUUCCUUUUAAACCUAAUGAGUUAAAGGGAAGUGUGGGUUGUCUGUCAGACUCUAAGACAGUCCCACCUUGAGCACAGGUUAGACUAAUCCCCUGUCCCCAUCUCCCUGGUUUUCUUUGCACAGGCUUGUAACUGCUUGCUCUCAGUUGUUCUCAAGUCUAAGCCUAAAAACUGGAGGUUUAUUCCUUUUUCCCCUUGAUCCGUAACAGAAAGGUUAUGUUUGUCAAGUGAUUUAAGAAUUUUCUAAAAUGCCAACUGCCACAGGAUUCCUACAACUCUUUUUUUGGUUUUUCGAGACAGGGUUUCUCUGUGUAGCCCUGGCUGUCCUGGAACUCACUCUGUAGACCAGGCUGGCCUCGAACUUAGAAAUUUGCUUGCUUCUGCCUCCCAAGUGCUGGGAUUAAAGGCGUGCGCUACCACCGCCCGGCCACAAGUCUUGACCUAGUGAUUUAGUUAUUGACAAAUUGUAAAUAACUGACCAGAGUAUGGGAUUUUUAUUCAGUGACAGCCCUUGUCCUAUCCCCUCCCCGCCCCCUUUAACCUGAGCCAGGUGGACGUCCUACUUCUAUCUACAUGUCUUCCACAGCACAUCCAGGAAGUAUCCCGACCCAUCAUCUAAAGAGAACCUUAAUCAUUUCUGAGGAGGUUUUGCCCCAAAGUGAUCAGAAUGGCCCCUUUUCCUGGCUUUAACCUCUGGUGAACAGCACUCUCUCACCUGAAGCUUGGCAUUCACGUGGGCAGGGGCCACUGAGCUCAGGUAAUCCUCUUGUUUAGAAUCCGGUAGGUCAGUAUUGGGAGGCAUCAGCACUCUGGUAGCUGGAUACUGUCAUCUGACCAGGCCUCCUGAGGGCGUUCUCACAAGACAGGAUAUAAUACAUUGGUUCUGCUGCACAGCUGCUUGUGUCCCAGCCCCAGCUGAGGACCUGGGAAGGCAUGUUCCCCAUGGGAAUUUCAGCUCUAGGUUUUGGUGGAGAACUUUAGCCUCUCUCUCCAGCUUUGAGUGUCCAAUUAAAGUAGUAUCAAGUACCAGUGGGUUUCUGGAAGCCCAUAAUUACUACUAGUGUGUUUCCUCCUGUAGAAACAACAUUCUAGCCCUUAAGUCCCUUGUAUUGCUUUUUAAGUUAUUUUGAACUUGCCACAGGAAAGACAAUCUCCAAACACAGUGGGUACACAAGAGGGGGUCAUUUCAGUUGUUCAUAUGCCCAUCCCGCCCAGCCUUCAGUCCAUCAGAGUCCCAUUUCUUAAAAAAGCAAGGGGCCUCCAUCCACUGGCUUUACUAGUAGCCAACUCCCCCACAGCAUUCCCUGCCCUACUCCCCUGGUUCGAGCAUCCUGUAGGUACAUGUGAUACCAGUGACAUGAGAGCCACUUGCUAGGCCUCUCCCACAUGUUCUGGGUGAGAGUGGGCAUCUUUCCGUCGGCUCACAUAAAUGUGGUCAUGUGUCAUGACCAAAGACCACUCUAUACAAAGGCCUCUUGACGUAGCCUCGGCCCUCAGUGAGUGCAUUGGUAAUGGUGUCUGUCUGAAGAUGAAUUUGUUGCUUAGAGCUAGUUGCAGGCCUCAAGGUGACUCAGCAGAUAAGGCCUACCAACAAGCCUAAGAGGCUGAGCUUGAGUCCCAGAACCCAUGUGGUGGAAGGACAGAACUGACUCCUGAAAGUUAUCCUCUGACCUCUAUAUACAGAGACACCUGCAAAUAGGUGUACAGUUAUUUCACAGCCAUUAAAGCACAGGUCAGAGAGCCCAUUAAGUUCCCACUGUGCAUGUACAGGAUACACAUGUAGUGUAGGCUUCUAUUUGUAUCAUGUUGCCAAGAAAAUUCCUCUUAGAAGCCUUGAGUGGCAUGGUAGUAUCCAACCACAGCCUCACUCUUCUGUAGUGUCCCACAGUGUGGUAAUAUCAACUUGACUUUCUGGGGUACAGAUUUCUAGUUGUCUUACUGUAGUGGGAGGAGUGGAAAGAAUUACACUGGCAUCUAGAAAGCUGAUGUGGCUGUGGCCUUGUACAUUUCAGCAAGGCCUCUCUAGGAAGCCUCUGGGGCUGUGGCAGUACUCAGGCAUCCAGUCAGCAUACAGACGCCCUGAAUUCAUGGAACUUUUCACUCAACUCUCUUCAUUUCUAAGACUUAGACUUUCCUUUCAAAAGCUCCAUGAUUCUUUGAGCACAUGCUAUGCCUUACUCCAGAAAGCCAGGUCUGCUCUGCAGAGUCCAGGAAAUGGGGCAGUGUUGUCACCCUGCACACUUGGUCAGCCGGCGCUGAGGGUGGGUAAGAAGGUCCCCAGAGUGGACUUGAGCCUCCUGACCUGUUUUUCCAGGCAGCAGGGCUGUUCUGUGCAGUGACAGCUGAGGAGGCAGCUGUCCCUCCAGUCAGGGCGGCCUCUUUACUAUGCACAGCAGACCUGGCUCAGGGAAGUGGCCAGGAGGAGAUCCCAUCUUAUCUACACCCUGAGCUGUUCCCACAGUGGCCAGUCUCAGGAGUUCUUUCUGGUAGAAGGCUGGGGACUUCAUUACCACCAGGAUUUUCAGAGAAAGCUGAGAGAGGCUGUUGAAUUCUGCCAGCAGAGCAACCAGGUCAAAGCCAGCAAAAUCAGACAGCCUCACUUGCCUCUGUCCAUCACAACACACAACACACACAACACUGAGGAUAUUAAAAAUACCCAGGGACCAUUAACCCCAGGCUAUCCCAGCACACUAACUGGAAGGCCAGGUUUAUCAAGGAGCACUGCUCGUGCUCACAGGGUGUUUGGAGAGCGUCAUCCUGAAUGUUGAGCUAAUUGUGAAAGAUUUCUGUCAAAACUGGAAAGUAGCAGUCUGGUACAGUCAUCUUUGUUUCCUGGUUCAAACCUUCCAUCUCUUUCAUGUCAACAGUCUCUGGCUCUGUUUGUCUUUGUCCAGUGGUUGGGAGUGAGCAGGUGUUCCCGCUCACUGUGACAGCACCCCAGGUGGCCCUGUGUCCUUUAGACAAGGCCUGCAAUUCGGGAAGCUGCACGUUUACAAGAAGCCUUUACCUCCCACUCAGGCCCACUGCUCUGGGGAAUGGAGGUGGCCCAGGCUUGUGACAGCAGCUUGGCAAUCUCAGAUCUACUAGGUGCUGUCUGGAAUCAUCAGAGACACUGGCAGUGAAAGGAAAGCUUUAUGCCAACGCCCAAGACAAAGCUUUAGCCAGUGGACAGACUCACUGGAAAGUGGCCCAGUUGUCUUACCUCUACUUUCUGCUGUGAGGAAACCACCCACUGACGGAAGAGGAAGGUUUAGGAGGGGUUUGGUAUCCAUCAAAAGUACUUGAACUCAAGAAACCAAUAGUAAUCCAAAAUGCUUAAAGGAACCAAAGGCAUUGCCAGAUAUUUGCCAAAAGCAGCCACUUUUAAAUUUUGAGACUAAUGUGAUCUCAAGUCAGACCCCAAAAGGUUCCAUUUAAGGGUAUAAUUUUCACAGAUAUGUAGAUAUUUCUUGUUUUCCUGUAAAAUAGCAUAGAGCUGUUUUGUUGAUUUAAAAAUAACAUUCUUGGUAGUAACGCUGAAUUAUUUUCUUGUUUGUCAAGGUUAGUUCUCUGUUGCUUGCAAUGGACACGCAGGUGUCGCUCUUCUUCUCAUCUUCACAUAAUGUCUUAGCAUCUCACUUCCUGACAAGAAAGGAGAAACACCAAUGAGCAGCACCAUGCUUGUUGAAGCACGUGUUUAGUGAACAGAGCCAUGGCAAUCGGGUCCAUUCGUGUGCUGCCUUUAUGUUGUUUUUAAAAGACAAACCAUGAUGCCUUUGUACUGCUGUUUGCACCCUUGACUCGAUUCUGUACUGUGUCUGAAUGCCAUCCGUUUGCACUUGUACUGUACAUAGGCGAUGCAGACUGUAUUUUUAUAUGUGUGCGCAUUUAUCAUUGGCUCUUUUGUACAUAGUGGCGGUAUUGUAGCUGAUCAGGAAAUGUUUGAUAUCUCAACAAUUUUGCAUUUUUGUGUCUCAAAUAAAAAAAAACAUUUUGAUGUACCAUG